AGAUUUGUCUGUCAUUAUUUUUAAUUAAAAACCCGUUCACGUUUCUAGUGAGAUAGACAGAGAGUCACAAAGCACUUACUGUUUAUCUUUUUUUUCUAGAGUGAUCGAUGGCGAGAACUGCGGUGAUGGCUGCGCUAGUGGUGGUUGCUUUUCUUGCGGUGGAAGUGGCGGCGAAGAAAUGGACGGUGGGAGAUAACAAGUUCUGGAAUCCCAAUGUCAAUUAUACCGUUUGGGCUCAGGACAAACAUUUCUACCUCGACGACUGGCUCUAUUUUGUGUACGAGAGAAAGCAAUACAACGUUAUAGAAGUGAACGAGACCAACUACAUUAGCUGCAACUCCAAUAACCCCAUCGCUAACUGGACUCAUGGAGCCGGAAGGGAUGUCGUUCAUCUCAAUGUGACCAGGCAUUACUAUCUCAUUAGCGGUGACGGUGGUGGCUGUUACGGCGGUAUGAAGCUCGCUGUUUUAGUUGAGAAGCCUCCUCCUUCACCAGCUCCAGCACCUAGCAAAAACAUUGCAAGAAGAGCCUUCACCGUCUCAGGUUUUGCUCCUCAGUUUGUUAUUCCAGUAGCUGUAUUUGCAGCAAUCGGGUUAGUGUGGGACAAUGUGGUACUGCCGUUUUGGUAGUCUUGAUUUCUUCAAAUGAGAAAAAAACAAUUGUUAAUUUGUUAUCGUCGAAUCCUCAUAUUUCAGAUUGUUGUAGUGACAGUGUUACUCUCUUUUUUUCUUCUUCUUAAUGUUGGUUUCGUGGAUCUUCUUCUAUCAUUGUUCCCUGGACGUGUGGGAAAUCAAUUGUUGAAGAACAAUUGUAGUUUAAUUUAUUUUGAUGAACCUUCUAAACUUGAUUGAGGCUAUAUUUUGGGCU